AUGGCGCCAACGUCCCUCGUAGCAUGGAAUGACCUUGAGGCUAAUCCUCGCUCGCCAUUGGUCCGUGACAGGGAAGACGUAUCGCCGAGGCCCUCUCAACCCCCCCGCCCCCCUUGUCCCGGCCGCAUGCAGUCUCCGGCGCCAGCCUCCGACGCGCCCCGGAGGCCUACGCAUGGCGACGCAUCCAAAGAAGCCCCCGGCCCGCGAAGCCUCCUGUUGGGAUUCCUCGCGCGAAGAACCCGGGUCCUGCCGCCCAUCGCAAGGAGGACGCUCUCGACCCGGCUCCUCCCGCCUCCUUCAUCGCUUAUGAAGGAGCGGACGCACGGUCGUGGUGGCGGAGGGCCAGGUGGUGGGCCAGAGCACGCAGGCCCCGGCGGAGGAUUCCCCAGCGGCGGGCGGCGUGACGUGCCGGGCGAGGCUAGCGUGACCGACGGCGGGCGGGCUGGCGGCGACCCCUUCAGAGCGGCUCCGGUGUUCGAGGGGGAACUAUGCCAUCCCCCCGUGAGCCGUUGGGGUCAUCUCUCCCUUGGAAUCGAGCUGGAAAUCGUCCUUUGA